AUGUCUCUGGGCCGCCUCCUCCGACGAGCCUCCUCCAAAGCCUCGGACCUCCUGACGCUCACCCCGGGUGGCGGCGGCGGGCCCCCCUCCGUUCUGGAUGGCGAGAUCAUCUACUCCAAGAACAAUGUCUGCGUGCACCCACCCGAGGGGUUGCAGGGGCUGGGUGAGCACCACCCAGGGUACCUGUGCCUGUACAUGGAGAAGGAUGAGCUAUUGGGCACCACCCUCAUCCUCGCCUGGGUCCCCAACUCUCGGAUCCAGAGGCAGGAUGAGGAGGCGCUUCGCUACAUCACCCCCGAGAGCUCCCCGGUGCGCAAGGCUCCCCGCCCACGGGCUCGGCGCACCCACAGCUCAGGGGCCUCCAUGGAGCCCCGAUCGGCCCUGACCCCCAGGGACGAGGACAUCCUGGUGGUGGCCCAGAGCUCCCGGAUCACCAUGCCCCGCAGCCCUUCGUUGGAAGACGGGGAGAAGCUGACCCCAGGCCUAGGUGGGGACGGUGCCCUCCCAGUCUCGCAGCCGGACCCCCGCAUGCUGUCCUCGGUCAGCUCGCAGGAAGGGGCUGAGGAGGUCCGGGAGCCUCGGCCUGAGGCCGGCGAGGAGGAGGGCUCCCUGGAGCUGUCGGCCGAAGGCGUGAGCAGAGACAGCUCCUUCGACUCGGACUCGGACACCUUCUCGUCGCCUUUCUGCCUCUCCCCCAUCAGCGCCGUGCUGGCCGAGAGCAGUAGCUCCGUGUUUCUGGAAAGCGAAGGCAGCUCCCCGUCCAGCGCAGAUACCAGCCUGCGUUUUCCCGAGAGCAACGGGCUGCCGCCACCACGCUGGGAAGAACCACCUCGGGGCUGUACACUGGAGCAGACGUGCGGCGUCUUCCGUGUGGACCUGGGCCAUAUGCGGUCCCUCCGCCUUUUCUUCAGUGAUGAGGCCUGCACCAGUGGUCAACUCGUGGUGGCCAGCCGGGAGAGCCAGUACAAGGUCUUCCACUUCCACCACGGUGGUCUGGACAAGCUGGCAGACGUGUUCCAGCAGUGGAAAUACUGCACCGAGACGCACCUCAGGGACCAGGUAGUUGCUGACGAGAAGACCUGUAUGCAGUUCUCCAUCCGGCGUCCCAAACUACCCUCGUCUGAGACCCACCCCGAGGAGAGUAAGUACAAGAGAUUGGACGUGACGGCCUGGCUGGACCAUCUCAAUGAACUGGGCCAGGUGGAGGAGGAGUACAAGCUCCGUAAGGCCAUUUUCUUUGGCGGCAUUGAUGUUUCAAUCCGGGGCGAGGUCUGGCCCUUCCUGCUGCGUUAUUACAGCCCCGAGUCCACGUCCGAGGAGCGGGAGGCGCUGCGGGCCCAGAAGCGAAAGGAGUACUCGGAUGUCCAGCAGAAACGCCUCACUAUGACCCCCGAGGCACACCAAGAGUUCUGGCGCAACGUGCAGUUCACUGUAGACAAAGACGUGGUGCGGACGGAUCGGGGCAAUCAGUUCUUCCGAGGAGAGGGCAACCCUAACGUGGAGAGCAUGAGGAGGAUCUUGCUAAACUACGCCGUGUACAACCCGGCCAUCGGCUACUCCCAGGGCAUGUCGGACCUGGUGGCACCCAUCCUGGCCGAGGUCCUGGAUGAGUCAGAUACCUUCUGGUGCUUCGUCGGGUUGAUGCAGAACACCAUCUUCGUUAGCUCUCCUCGGGACGAGGACAUGGAGAAACAGCUGCUCUACCUGCGGGAGCUGCUACGGCUGACGCACCUGCGCUUCUACCAACAUCUGGUCUCACUGGGCGAGGACGGUCUGCAGAUGCUCUUCUGCCACCGCUGGCUGCUGCUCUGCUUCAAGCGAGAGUUCCCCGAGGCAGAGGCCCUGCGCAUCUGGGAAGCCUGCUGGGCCCACUACCAGACGGACUACUUCCACCUUUUCAUCUGCGUGGCCAUUGUGGUCAUCUACGGGGAUGAUGUCAUCGAACAGCAGUUGGCCACUGACCAGAUGCUACUACACUUCGGAAACCUGGCCAUGCACAUGAACGGGGAGCUGGUCCUCAGGAAGGCCAGGAGUUUGCUGUACCAGUUCCGCCUCCUGCCCCGGAUCCCCUGCAGCCUACAUGAACUAUGCAAGCUGUGUGGGUCAGGCAUGUGGGACAGUGGCUACAUCCCCGCCGUGGAGUGCUCCGGUCACCACCCGGGCUCUGACAGCUGCCCCUAUGGGGGCACCGUGGAGACGCCUUCGCCCAAGCUUCCCCGAGAGGGCAAGAAGGCCCCGAAGGCACCUCGUGAAGGCUUCGUCUUCCGCAGAUAG